GUCAACGCUGCAAUCAACGCCACUCGCCUUUGGAGCCGUCCGUUGGUUCGUCAUGUACUACGCUAACACGGCGGGACUGCUGAGAGGUAAAAAACGCGCCACCGUAGCGGCUCUUCCAAGAGGCCUGCGGCAAUGGAGGAGAACGUCACCUCGACCGCGGCGGGGACGUGCCAGGCGGACGACGCCCUCGAGUACCCCCGCGACCUGUCAUACGUCGCGGGCGCCUGCUGCGCGCUGUUCGUGCUGCUGGGCGUGCCCGGCAACCUGCUCACGCUGGUGUCGCUGGGCCGGAGCCGGCGGCUGCGCGGGCCGACCACGGCGUUCGUGCUGAGCCUGUGCUGCGCCGACCUGCUCUUCUGCGUCGUCAACCUGCCGCUGACGGCGACGCGCUACUUUCGCCGCUGCUGGAUGUUCGGCGACGACCUGUGCGUCGUCUUCGGCUUCUUCUUCUACGGGAACGUGGCCACCUCCAUAUUCUCCAUGACCGGCAUCUCCGUCAGCAGGGGCGUGCUGGUGAACUCGCGUCGCCGGCACGACCGCUUGUUCUCCGGGUGGCGCACGGUGAUGGCGGUCAUCACUUGCUGGCUUCUCGGUUUCGGCUUGCUGCUGCCCGUGCUGCUCGGCUGGUGGGGCCGCUUCGGGCUUCAUAGGCCGACCUUCUCGUGCACCGUGCUGAGCAAAGACGGCCACUCGCCCAAAGUAUUCCUGUUCGCCUUAGCCUUCCUGGUACCCUGCAUGGGAAUCGUAGCGUCUUACGGGCGCAUCUACUACAAGAUUCAGCGCAGUUCGCGCAGGCUGGCCUCCUACAGCGGCAUGACCAGGUUUCGCAGCCCGUACUCGCAUCACCGGGAGGAAGAGAUGCGCGUCACCCGCACGAUGGCGGUCAUCUUUGCGCUCUUCCUUCUGUGCUUCUUGCCCUUGCUCGUGGCCAACCUGCUGGAGAAGCAGCUUACAACUCCGUGGAUUCACGUGACGGCUUCCAUUCUCUCCUGGAUGUCCUGCUGCAUAAAUCCCGUCGUGUACGCUGUCAUGAACAGGCAGUACCGAAGCUCCUACGUGGCGCUUCUGUGCCCUAAAAGAGCCAGAAGGCAAGACUUUCAAAACACAAUUUGUCGAAGUCUUAGAAACACCGCGGUAUGAAUAUCAUACGAUUUACUCGGGCGCGGCAAACAGGAAAAGGGUCAGAUGCCGUGUGCUUUGCCGCUCCUAUUAACAUACGUGCGUGAAACAACGCGCAAGGCUUUAGUUAAGAUGCGGCGAAAUGUGCUAAUAAGUCGCACACGUACAUAAAGCGCUGCCUGUGUGAGAAAAUCUCGAUUCCAGUGACCCUUUCACGCUUUUGACUCAAUGACUGCAAGCAUUCUGAAACCACGAGUCCCCGAUGGUGGCUUUGUAGAGCGUAGCCAGGGAACAGGGCGUGGCCACCUUUCUCCGCACCACCGCUCCGCAACACCUCUGUAAAUAGAGCCAAAUAAAGUUUUACGACAACAAGAA